GUUCAGCUGAUCUCUGUCUGAUCCUGCGCAAUGUCGAACAGUCAAAGUGAUCCUUCCUUCCCCCUGGACCUGACGAUGAUGGGAAACGAUGUUGCAAGAAAGGUAUAAAGGACAUCGCUGAGGACACAAGUGUAGGCACUCUUCUGCCAGUCAUGUUUUCAAGCGUCAGAGUUUCAAGUUUGAAUUCCAAGUUGCUCUGUAUCUUAAAUCUUCUCUUGGGACCAUCGACAGCUGUUGCCCAAUCGCUCAAUUUCUCUGCAUCCCAAUGGCUUUGGAUUACACCCGUCAACCAGCAAUCGAUCCAGGGAGCCUUCCGCAAAGACUUCAGUCCUCCGUUUGGUCGCUCCCUGAUUGCAGCAGAGAUCAUCAUCGCAACUGCAAGCACGGACAUGAACUUAUUCAUGAACGGCCAACUUCUGGGUCCCGUUUCGCGACCGGAUCUCUCGGACCAGUCUACAGCUUCCCACUUUUGUGUCGACACAGAGCCCAGCUCGAACGUAUUUGCAAUCAACUCAACCAUGAUCGAUCACUUCACCACUCCAGGGUUCAUCGCGACGAUUCUGGUCACGUACGACAAUCUCCGCACAGACAUUCUCCUGAGCGAUCCGUCCUGGCGCGCGUCUGUGACAUCGCCCGAUGGAUGGCCCGAGCUGUCCUUUGACGACACGGCCUGGAUCACCGCGUCCGCAGCGCCAGUGAACGUGCCCGCUACGAAACUUGCCUCCCUGCCUCUCUCGUUCGAUGGAUCCGUGUGGAUCUGGAACCGGGCCGUUCUUGGAGGACCGAUCCCAUCCGGCCCGUGCUGGUUCCGGUCAACCUGGACACCGACGGUCGCGAACCAGUUGCCCGCCUCGGUCGACAUCGCCGUCCUUGCCGUAGAUCAGUACACGCUCAUCGUCAACGGCGUCAUCCUCGGCGGCGGGAGUAGCAACAUCGUCGCCGAUCACUGGGUCGUCCACUUCACCUCGCCCCCGCCCACAAUCGUCUUUGCCGCUGUUGCGCAGAAUAACGUGAACGGCGCCGCCGCCGGCUUCAUCGCCACUGCGGUGAUCACGAUGCGCUCGACCGGCCGGGCAAACUGCACCGCCACGCUGGCGGUCCAGACGCAAGAGAUCGGAUGGAAAGCCACGUCGAAUGCGAGUUUGGUGACGAGUGCCUGGUUCCAGAUGGGGUUCGAUGAUUCCGCGUGGCCGGAAGCUGGAGACGAGGCGUCGUACGGAGAGAGUUUUUUGCGUCUGCCUGGAACGGUCAACAUUGCUCCUGCCUCUCCAGCUGUCGUUAUUCCAUGAUUUCGUCAUCGAAAAUAGUGUGUACUUUCUUCUUCGGGGAUUGGCGUAGCGGAUGCAGUUUUUUUUUGGCUAUCUAGCUUGUAUUUCGAUGGCCUCGUUGGAUUGAAUGGAAUGCCUUCCAGUUAAGUUGCAGGGGCUUACCUAUCAAUAGCCAUUAAGUAGAACGAAUUUCUCCGAGCAUACCCUAAUUUCUAGAUCAGGCAUGGCGGAUGUGGGAUCUUCGCCUUGACAACCAGCGCUUAGUUUGAGGCCCGCCACCCGUGCCGCGGCCGAAAGGCACCGUGUCACCCAUCAUUGAUGUCUUUCAGCACCA